UUUAAAGAUAGAAACACGGAACAGCAGCAUGGUCUUUCUAUGUUCUAAAGACCUACAGAUAACUCCCUGCCUUCAGCUGUAUUCCAUCUUUGUCACAUUGCUCUGUAUUGUCUCUAAUGUGCUCUUAUUAUCGUAUUACCGUCGGUUUGAGAUGAAGUGCUUUAGUGAUGCAAACAAAACAGGUACAGAACAUGGUGACAAUGCAGAGUAUGAUUUCAUGGAGACAGAUGAAUCUUACAAAGUUGUUAGCCACGGACACUGGAAACAAAAUCCAGCUGCACACCUUACAGGAAAAGCAUUGAAUGGUGAGCAUGAAGACCUACAGAUGCUGCAGUGGGAAGACAAAAGAGGCAUGGCGUUUGUCAAUAAAGGCAUGGUCUACGACAAAGGAGUUUUACAAGUUUUCCAAAAAGGUCUCUACUAUAUUUAUGCACAGGCUGUGUUCAACAUUCCCACAUGUCACGGUAUAAUGGACACAUCACUGAUUGGCCCACUGCUCCUGACACUCAAUGUGAUGGUAACAGCUGAAGUGAACCAACAUUCUAAGUUACUGCUGACAUCAGUGAAGUCAGUUUGCACACAGGAUCAGCUGACUGCAAGUUACACCACCAUCAGCCAGGGGGCAGCAUUUAGGCUUCAGAAAAUGGACAAGGUGUUUGUGAAUGUAAGUCACCCAUCACUUGUCCAGCACAGUGAACAGAAAACAUUUUUUGGCAUAUUUAUGUCAUAAGAGAGUGGAUUAUGCUAUUUAAGAUUUCCAUUUCAUUUAGGCUUAUUGUCUCAUAUCCACAAACUCCCUCCAUUCAUGACAAACCAGAAGACAACAGCUUGCAAUAUUCCCAUAGCUCUGGUGUCAUUAGACUGAAAACAUAACAAUAUUUUUCUAUAAACAAUUAUUGAGUUACAAUUUUCCAUUUACAGAAUGCAAAAUUGUGUGAGUGCAUGUGUGUCUGUUGGGGGUGGGGGUGGGGUCAGUUGCACAGAUCCCACCUUUGACCCUCUAUUGCAGGCCUAUAGAAUAUAGUAUCUCAAUUCACUGAAUAUAGGGGAUAUGUGUGUGGAUCACAAGCAUGAGGCAUCUAUUUUCUUUAAUAUGCACAGAUGCAUAAAUGUUUACGGUCUCUGCAUAUGUGAAGCAGAAAGAUGCAUUUAUUUUUGUUUUCCAGCUGUGACUUUGAUGCAGUUGUACUGCCUGUAGCUAAGCUAUGGUUUUUGUGCCUAUUGAUAUUAGUACACUGUAGAGAGAACAUACCAUUAAGGGAAAUGAAAUAAAUAUAUAUCAUACUGAACAUAAAAACAAAACAAAAAUACUUUUAAGCAAUAAGAAGUUCUAGUCUAAUGUCUGUUGGUUCCAGCUUCUUCUUCUGGCUUUUCCCACUUUGGGGUUGCCACAGCAGAUCAUCUGUUCACUCAAGAUUGGCAAU